CAUAACUGCAGCAUAACUUCGCAUUCGCACGUUGUUUUGCAUGAGCUGCAGUUAUUUGUGAAGCACCCAGCCUAGUCUAGUUAUUUUACGGUCGAAUCUGCAUUUUACGGACAUUUCGGAACGCUUUUCUUCCACUUGUGUUCUAAGUGCUCCUCGAGGAUUUGAGUUGGGACCGGAUAAUUCAAAUAACAGCCUCACAAUUCACGACAAAAUGAGAAAUUUCAAUUCCCCAAAAUUUGGGAACUCACUAGGUAACGAUUCCGAUGACGAUGACUUCGAUUCGGGUACCGAACCGGAAUUUAUAGUGGAACCGUACGCCAUCGAGGAGUUCCCAAUCAUGGAAGAGUAUGAGGUUGACGACGAUGAUGAUGCCAAUGAGGAGGACGAAGAGUCGGAUUACGAUCCGAACGAGGAUAUUAUUAUUGGCACCUCAUCCAGCAGCAGCGACGAUUCAGAUUCGGAACGGGACGAACCGAAGCAGGAGAAUGGUGAGGAUAGCACGACCAGGGGUGCUCCUGAGAAAAGAUUGGUCGAUGAUUACGAUGAAGAGAUGGAAGAAGAUGAGGUUAUAAAGGCCAUCAUCACCGAAAUCAAGAAGCCUCGCUCGAAGCCACCGGAUAUAAAAACUGAAGACUUCGUGACGGAUCUUUGCUUUCAUCCGGAUCAGGAUCUGUUGGCAGUUGGUACGACCACCGGAGAUUUGCUGGUCUAUUCGUUUACCAACGAUGAGUGUACUCUGAAAAACACCCACGAAGUACAUUCGAAAUCGAUUCGUGAUAUCGAAUUCAACGACGACGGAACCAUUUUGAUUUCGACCGCUCGAGAUCGAUCCAUAAUGGUGACAGACGUUGAGACGGGCAAGCUGAAACGCUUCUGGGACAAUGCCCACGAGGAACCGGUCUACACAAUGAGUAUCAUUAGCGAGCACACGUUUGCUACCGGAGACGAUGAUGGAGUGCUAAAGCUGUGGGAUCUCCGACAGAACGAGCCGAUAUUCAAACUCAAAGAGGUGGAGGACUUUAUCUCCAGUAUAGCAACCAACGACCAGCGAAAGUAUCUGCAAAUGUGUAGCGGAGAUGGAUAUUUGACAACAAUCAGCAUACCUCAGAGGAAAAUGUACGUUCAGUCGGAGCCAUACGAGGAAGAGCUCACCUGUAUGGGCGUUUUCCGGAAUGACAGUAAACUGGUGGUGGGUUCAUCGAAAGGAAACUUUUACACCUUCAACUGGGGCCAGUUCGGUUACCAUUGUGACGCAUUCACCGGCCCGAAAGCUGGUGUCAAUAAAAUGGUUCCCAUUACCGAACGAAUAGCUGUGGUCGGAGGCGAGGAUGGUUUUCUGCGGGCAAUGCAUAUGGUACCGGGCCGGGUGCUCGGAAUCGUGGGGCAACAUACGCUGGCGGUGGAAACGAUCGAUAUCAACAGCACCGGGGAGCUUAUUGCGUCCAGUUCCCACGAUAACGAUAUUCGGUUCUGGAACAUCAAGUUUUUCGAAGAAUUCGACGAUAUCAAGUACAACAGUAAAGCGGACCGGAAAGCGAUGAAACACAAUCUGCCAUCCUCUCACCACACCGACGCAAAAGACUUCUUCUCGGAUCUGGCAGGACCUAGCGAGGAGGCGAGUUAAGAGGUAUACCAUUUUUUCGCGUUUCUUUUUACAUUUUCUGUCUACACAGUCGAUUGGUGUUCAAACUGGAAGCAAACAACAAUUGUACAGACAGUUUUCACGUUUCGUGUCUAUAUCUUUGGAUACAUCUAAAAUAAACUGUUAUUCGUUUGAAUCAAAGUUAGCUUUAAA